UCAUUCUCCUAAGAAGAACGUAAAAAUUAAAAAUAAGAAAAUAAUUAAGAAAGUAAGAAUAUUAAAAAAAAGUGUAUGUGCAUACACACAUGUACAUGCGUAUAUAUAAAAUAACGGAGAAAAAAAAUAAAAUUGUAAAUAUCAACUUUAAUCAAGUAAAACAACUCAUUUACCCUUCUCAGUAUAUUUAAGUAUAUCAAACUAAGUAAAUGCAAUUUAAAUUAAUAAACUUUCUCAAUCUAAAUAAUCAAAGCAAAUAAAUAAAAUCAAAUUUAAAAAAUGUUUUCCACAUGGAAAACUAGUUUAAUUUUAAUAAUUCUAAACAUUAUUUGUAAAAUAUAUGCUGAAAAUUUUACAACAACAACAGAUGUUGUGGAAUUCCUAAAUAUAGAUGAUGAAAAUUCAACCGAAUAUUUAUUAUUAAUAAAUAAUAAUACAGAUUUGGAUAUUAAAAGCUCUACAGAGAAUAUUUUAGAAAUAACCACAUUACUACCGGAAGUCAAUAUAACUGAAGAAUUAUUAAUUCCGCCAGCAAAUGUAACACCAAAUAUUGAACUUAGAGAAGAAGAAUCUAAGGAAGAAAGAAAUCAAACAGAAGCAAUAGUUAUAGUAAAAAAUGACAAUUGCCCAUCUUUAGAAAAUGCUGAUUCUUUUUCACAGACUCAACUUAUUGAGAGAUUAGUACAUAAAUGUCGAUACGAUCGAUUGGAGAGACCGUUAACAUUUGACGGUGAAGGAAAAGAUCGAAAACGGUUACCAGUAAAGGUUUAUGCUAGAGCUCAUAUAUAUUUUAUGCAAAUUCUUGGAGCGGAUAAUUUACAGUUUAAAAUUCAUGCCCUUUUACAAUUAAGAUUCGUUGAUCCACGUUUAGCAUUUAAACAAGUCUCACCUAAUCGUAAUCAACCGAUUUUUGGUGAAAAAUCAUUACGUGACGCUAUUUGGAAACCGCACAUAUUUAUAUCGAAUGAAAAAAAUUCUGAUGUUCUUGGUACUGAUCAAAAAGAUUAUUUAACAUCAAUAUCUGCAGAUGGCACUGUAAUAUUAUCAACAAGAAUACAAGCGACAUUAUAUUGUUGGAUGAAUUUGAAAAAAUUUCCGUUAGAUGAACAACAAUGUAAGGCGACGUUUGAAAGUUGGAUGUACAAUACUACAGAAUUGGUAUUAUUAUGGGAAAUAAUGUCUCCAGUUACUUUAGCUCCAGAUACACAUUUAACAGAAUAUAAAUUAUUAGCUUUUAAUCAAACUCAACAAACAAUUGUAGCCAAUUUAUCAGACUUGAGACAUGGAGCUUUUGCUGGAAACUAUAGUUGUUUACAUUUCACAGUAUAUUUAGCAAGGGAAAUGGGAUUCUAUUUGCUAAGCUAUUUUUUACCAUCAAUCAUGAUUGUUGCUAUAUCAUGGGUGUCGUUUUGGUUACAAGCGGAUCAAUCUGCUCCCAGGAUUACGUUAGGAAUCAAUACUAUGUUAGCAUUUAUCACAUUGGCAUCAGCUCAAAGUAAAACCCUUCCAAAAGUUAGUUAUAUUAAAGUAUCAGAAAUUUGGUUCUUGGGGUGCACAGCCUUCAUUUUUGGCAGUUUAGUAGAAUUUGCUUUUGUUAAUAUAAUAUGGAGAAGACAUAAGGAGGUUAAAUUAAAAAAGGUUAAUUCGAAGUAUAUACUUAAAUCAACGUUAACACCCCGUUUAGUACGAAAAGAGUUUGGGGAAUUACAAAAAGCUAAAUCUUGUGCAAAUUUAUUUGUUGAAAACACAUUAAAACCUAUCGAUGUAAAUCAAUCAAUUGCAAAUGGUAAUACACGCUUUUUAACAUCAUCAACAACAGUAAGACGUAUACCAACAAUUAUUCGGACAGAAUCACAAAAUGAUGUUCAUAUUGAAAAUGGUAAAAUAUCUUAUAAUAUAAAACCAUUAAAUUUGGCAAAUAGAGUAAAUAUAAUAACAAAUUCAACAUUAGAUGGUAACAAUAAUGGUUUUAAUGAAGCAUCACUCGGUUGGACAACCAUGACACCUAAAGAAGUAGCUAAUUGGAUAGAUCGAAGAUCUCGUACUUUGUUUCCUGUUGCAUUUUUAAUUUUUAACAUUUUAUUUUGGAGUUUUGUUUAUUUAUUAUAAAAAGUAUACAAAAUUGUUAUGUAUACGCAAAUUAUAUUUAUUUUACUCUUACUAAAAAGAAAUAUUUUUAAAAUUAGUCUUCAUAUAUAUUUAUAAUUCUAUUAUCAUAGUUAAUAGUAAUUAAAAAUAAGAGAAAUAAAAUUAAUAAUUAAAUUUGGAA